AUCAAGAAUCACUGGACGCCCUGGGGUCUCAGGGCUUGGUUUCUUGUGGAAGGUUUGUUGUGGACUGGCCUCUUCUGUAUGGCGCGCGUCCCCCGAGCCGUUUCGGCUCGCGCCCGGGGCCCUCCGCGCGACACCUCUCCCCCGUCCCCCCCUUUUCCCGGCAGCCGCGCCACGCGGGGGCGAGCGGAGGCUGCUGGGGCGAUGUUUUGGCUGGUCGCCCUCGUGCUGCUGGGGAUAGAGCGGUUUCUCUACGGCUACAUCUACCACUACCCCAACUCGUUCAAGCGCCUGUGCCGCGGGCCCCUGAAGGCCUUGCUGGAUUAUGACGAGGGCGUGUAUUGGCAGGUAGCAAACCACCUGGGCAUCGUCAUCAAGGUGUUCCAGUUCGGUGUUGUGGCGUACGACAUUAUGCCGCCUGCGCUGAACUUCGCACGUCCAGUGCAGCUCUGCGUCGCGGCCGUCUUGAUAGGGAUAGGGCAGCUGCUCAACGCCGCGGUGUUCAGGGCCAUCGGGGCGAUGGGCGUCUACUACGGCACCCAGCUCGGCUACGAGGUACCCUGGUGCUCGUCGUUCCCCUACAACGCGGGGAUACCAGACCCGCAGUAUUGGGGUGUGGUGUUUUUCUUGUGGGGCUUGUACUUGGGCAUCGUCCCGUCUUGGAAUAUUUUCAGUGCGCCUUACACAGUGCCUUGGCUGGAAACAUUUUGGUACAUAGUUUCCAUGAAGCUGCUGGAGUCCACGCAGGCUGCUCCGCCCAUGUUGUUUCUCUCUCGACAGAUUACUGGGGAGCAUGCGAGAGAAGAGCCGGUGCUGAUGCUCCGUCUCCCCCCCUGGCUCCGAACGCUGCGAGGCUCGACUUCUUUGUCGCUCCCCCCCCCCAGGUGUCACUUUCCCCGCCCCCCCGUCGCUUACGCGGACGCUUCAUGCAUCGCUUGCCUCAUGUUGUGUGCGCCAUCCGAUCACUACGAGAGAGUGAUGCCCCUCUCCUGCGCGUGGCGCCUGCGUUGCUCAAUGCGUGGCUUCCUCCGAUGUUGACCAAUCGCCUGUCGACCAGAGACUCGUAUCUCCAGACAGACACACAGAGGGUGACCUUGACAUAGAUUUCGAAGGGGCGAGAUCCCAAACGUCACAUGUAAGCUUUCCUCGUACUUUGUGUUAGCACGAGCAUAUCCACCCUUUCCACGCAGUGGCGACGCACAUGCAGCGAAGCGCUUUCACGUCACUUUUUGACCAGCUCCCGCUCCUUGUUCCAUAUUUUGGGUUUGCCUAGCAGAGAAUUGGUGGGUGCGAGGCCCGUUUCGAGGGGGUUCCUCAGGGGGCAUUCGUUUUGCUUCCUUACCAGGCGUUGCCCGGGUUCCCUUUUGGUUUCUUAGUUUUGUGGUCUUGGUUCGUUGGUUUCUCGGUUCCUCGGCUUGCGUUGCUCAGCAUUGCUUCGCAUUCCUUUGUCUUGCUUUACAUAAGCUGUGCAAAGCAAUGCAUCACUCUGCAAUGCAUCACUUUGCAUACGUUGCUUCAGUUAUGCAGCGUAACUCCGCAUGGCUAUGCAUUGUGUUGCAUUGCUUUGUUUUGCGUCGCUUUGUGUUGCUUUGCGUUGCCUUGCGUUGCUUGGCGCCACGUAAUUUGAGUGAGUGCACCGCAUGUUUUGCACCACCUAGACUGCAUCGCAUUGAUUACGCCAUCUAGACUGCACCGCUCAUAUUGCAAGCCAUUACUGUUUGGGGUUACGCUGGCUAACAUAGAUAUAGAGGCGCAUGCAUAGGUACAUAUGUAAAUAUGUACAUGUGUAUAGUUAGACUUCGACGUUUACUAAGAUCACCAUCUCUAGAUCUCUUUUGCCACCCCUUGCUGCGGCAGAACGGACAAGCGGCGAUCAAGAUGUUGGGCUUGCCGGCAGACAACAAGGACUGAGUCGGUGGCAUUCAUUGGCGCUCACUCUUCCCUCUACCAGCUCUUGAGCAGAGGGGCUAGUGGGUGCGUGGCCGUCGGAAGUCUGGACAGUUAGGUUGCGCCUGGGGUGCUUGGGCGCAUCUGACUUGUCUCGCUGUGCAGCCCUCCUCCCGCUUUGCAGCACUGUCUUGCUGUGUCGGUCUGAACAGGUGGCAUUUUGCGAAGCAGUGCGUGUCUGAAUAGGCGGCAAGCGGAGACGGAACAAACGGUGCGCUUCAGGCUUUCGCGUUGCGCCUUUGCAGGGGACCAAGCCACACUUUCAACAACUUGAGCGUUUAUCAUUGGUUGCCCG